GGGUUUUGUAGGGUUCACUCUCAAUGACAUGGCUUUCUUGGGGGCUGAUGACCCCUUUGGCUUUGCUUUGUAGGGACAAAGGGGGCUCUGAGAGGCGCCCGAUGGGGGUGCUGGGGGACACCUGCUCGGACCUUUGGCCUUUGGCUUGUGGGGUGCCGCAAGGCUCGAUUCCUUCCCCCAUGUUAUUGGACAUCGACAUGAAACCGCUGGGUGAGCUCAUCCGGAGCUUUGGAAUUUGGUGCCAUCUGUAGACAUGUUUUCAUGGGAGCAUUGGGACGUGAGAGUUCUCUGGAGCCACCCCUGCCGUGAUGGGAAACGAACCAGCUUCUAGUCGAUAUUAAGGCAUUUGGAAACCAAAGUGCAGUAAGGAAACCAGUCCUCUAGGAAAAAGGAUUCCUCUCAAGGGUCUGAUCUUGCUGAAUUCCUACAUUCACUUUGGAUUCUAGAGUAGAACCAUAGAGUCGGAAGAGACUGCAUGAGGCACCCAGUCCAGGCCUCUGCCGUGCAGGAAAAGCGCAAAGUACCCCUGACAGAUGAGCAUCUAGCCUCUGUUUAAAGGAUUCCAAAGGAGCCUCCACUACACUCUGAGGCAGAGAGUUCCACUGCUGAACAGCUCUUACAGUCAGGAAGUUCUUAAUGUUCAGAUGGAAUCUACUUUCCUGUAAUUUGAACCCACUGCUGUGAGUGAUCAGAAAGGGAAAAACAAGAAUCAAGUGUCCAUAUUGGAAUUAAAUGUACAUAGCACUGUUGACAUGGAGGAAAAAGCAUAUAAAUGUAUUGAAUGUGGAAAGAGCUUUAGUCAUCAUGGAAACCUGAAUAGACAUCAAAGGACUCACACUGGGGAGAAAUCCUAUAAAUGCCUGGAGUGUGGACAGAGCUUCACUCAGAGUUCAGGUCUACGUUCACAUCAAAGGACUCACACUGGGGAGAAACCCUAUAACUGUCUGGAGUGUGGACAGAGCUUCACUCAGAAGGGACACUUACAUACACAUCAAAGAACUCACACUAGGGAGAAACCCUAUAACUGCCUGGAGUGUGGACAGAGCUUUACUCAGAAGGGAAGCUUACAUACACAUCAAAGAACUCACACUGGGGAGAAACCCUAUAACUGCCUGGAGUGUGGACAGAGCUUUGCUCAUAGUUCAGCACUAUAUUCACAUCAAAGGACCCACACUGGGGAGAAACCCUAUAAAUGCCUGGACUGUGGACAGAGCUUCACUCAGAAGGGACACUUACAUACACAUCAAAGAACUCACACUGGGGAGAAACCCUAUAACUGCCUGGAGUGUGGACAGAGCUUUGCUCAUAGUUCAGCACUAUAUUCACAUCAAAGGACCCACACUGGGGAGAAACCCUAUAAAUGCCUGGAGUGUGGACAGAGCUUCACUCAGAAGGGACACUUACAUACACAUCAAAGAACUCACACUGGGGAGAAACCCUAUAACUGCCUGGAGUGUGGACAGAGCUUCACUCAGAAGGGAAGCUUACAUAGACAUCAAAGAACUCACACUGGGGAGAAACCCUUUAAAUGCCUGGAGUGUGGACAGAGCUUUGGUCGUAGUUCAGGACUACGUUCACAUCAAAGGACCCACACUGGGGAGAAACCCUAUAAAUGCCUGGAGUGUGGACAGAGCUUCACUCAGAAGGGAAGCUUACAUACGCAUCAAAGGACUCACACUGGGGAGAAACCCUAUAACUGCCUGGAGUGUGGACAGAGUUUUGCUCAUAGUUUAGGACUACGUUCACAUCAAAGAACUCACACUGGGGAGGAACCCUAUAACUGCCUGGAGUGUGGACAGAGCUUUACUCAGAAGGGACACUUACAUACACAUCAAAGGACUCACACUGGGGAGAAACCAUAUAAAUGCCUGGAGUGUGGACAGAGCUUCACUCAGAAGGGACACUUACAUACACAUCAAAGGACUCACACUGGGGAGAAACCAUAUAAAUGCCUGGAGUGUGGACAGAGCUUUGCUCGUAGUUCAGGACUACGUUCACAUCAAAGGACUCACACUGGGGAGAAACCAUAUAACUGCCUGGAGUGUGGACAGAGCUUCACUCAGAAGGGACACUUACAUACACAUCAAAGGACUCACACUGGGGAGAAACCAUAUAAAUGCCUGGAGUGUGGACAGAGCUUUGCUCAGAGUUCAGGACUACGUUCACAUCAAAGGACUCACACUGGGGAGAAACCAUAUAAAUGCCUGGAGUGUGGACAGAGCUUUGCUCGAAGUUCAGGACUACGUUCCCAUGAAAGGACUCACACUGGGCACAAACCAUAGAAAUGCAUGGAGUGUGUACAGAGCUUUUCAUGGAAUAAGAUUAUACAUAGACAUCAUAGAAUUCACCCUGGAGAGAAUGGUAUUAAUUGACACCAGAGUGUCAUUCUAACAUGUACAAAAGCAACUCUUGCAAAUUUUGGAAGUGCAAGCUCAAAGUUGGGACAUUUCAUCACAUGUGGUGUAUUGUAGAAAUAUUGAACUAAAAUACAGUGUUCCCUCACUUAUCCCGGGGGUUAGGUUCCAGGACCACCCGCAAUAAGUGAAAAUCCGCGAAGUAGGGAUGCUAUAUAUUUCUACAUUAUUUUAGUAGUUAUACACUAUUUUAAGUCUUUAUCAAGAAAUCAUGUGUUGAUAAAUUGCCUCCUUCUCCUCUUGUUGCCGCUUGGGCUCCUUUUCUCUCCCUUCGGCUUCUCCUUCCUCCCUUCCUCAGGCUGUAAAUUGUAAUUUUUUAUGAUUUAUAAUAUUCUUUUAGAGUUUAUUGAAAAACCGCGAAACAGAGAAUUUGCAAACAGUGAAACACAAAGUAGUGAGGGAACUCUGUAUGUUCCAUUCUGGAAGUAAUUAUAUUAUCUAAGGGGCGUAGAAUAAUGAGAAAUAAUAAUUAACAGAUAGUCACGUAUCCAUGUCUGUUUGUUAGUUCAGUUGUGUGUCUAUGUAGGUAACUCGUUAGUCUGUUUCUUGUUUAGUUUUGUAUCUCAUGUAGUAGUUAGUUUAAUGUGCAGUUGAAGCAUUAUAUAUAAUUUCUGCCUUUUUGGUAUUGUUGCUUUUAAUAUCUCUUUUAUGUUUUUUUAUUUUUGCAAAAAAAGGGGGAUUUAUAAGGGUCAAAACGGCUGAAACUGGAGGGGUGGGUAGACCUGGUUUUAGCCCAAUGUGGAUGAGCUCCCUCUAUCAGCUCCAGCUCCAUGCGGGGACACGAGAGAAGCCUCCCACAAGGAUGGUAAAAACAUCAAAAUAUCCGGGCAUCCCCUGGGCAACGUCCUUGCAGACGGCCAAUUCUCUCACUCCAGAAGCAACUCCGGUUGCUCCUGACACGAAAAAAAAAGCCCAAAGUGGGGUUUAAUGUUUAAUCUAGAGCGCCUUUGAAGAUCAUUUCCUUCCUCGGUGUUGGUGGCAUGGGUUUGGAUUCAGUUGUCUUGCUUCAGACAUUAUUAUUCCUAUUAUGCUUUAUACAACAUGUAUUCACUGCUUUGAUCACCAUCUAUUCUUUUUGACUGUCUUGUCUAUCCCCCAAACCCCUCCAGUGUGUUCUUAUGGUCAUCAGGGUUGUGUGUGCAAAGUUUGGUCCACAUCCAUCAUUGGUGGGCUUCCGAAUGCUCUCUGGAUGCAGGGUGAACUACAAUUCCCACACGUGUGGGUCAGUCCCCAAAACCCUCCUGUAUGUUCUGUUGGUCCUGGGGUUUCUGUGUGCCAGGUUUGGUCCUGAUCUGUCAUUGGUGGGCGUUGCAGAUCCAAUGUCAGCUGGAUUCAGUGCUCUCUGGAUAAGGGUGAACUACGACUCCCACAUGCCAAGGUCAACCACCCCCAAACCUCACCUGUAUGCACAGUUGGCCAUGCUGGCUCUGUGUGCCCAGUUUGGUCUAGAUCCGUCGCCCGCUUGUUUUGUUCUGAGCCCAAAGGUUUCCUGUUCUUUGGAUGCCGAGUGUUCAGGGAAGAGUGAGGUCCGUGAGAUCCAGGAGGCCCUUCAGAGACCACGUCUGGUCGCUUUGCUGGGAAGUCAUGCAAACACGUUCACACAAAAGGGAAGGUUGGAAGAUUUGGUUCAUACAGAUUUUAAGUUAAUCACUUUUAAAAAAUAGAAGAUAAAAUUUGGAAACUUGAAUUAUUAAGUCUGGAGUUGAAAACAUGACACAAUUCAGACAGUGGUUUGUGACACAACAUCAACACUUCUAGUGAACUACAGCUCCCACCAUGGUGGGUCAGUUCCCCCCAAACCCCUCCAGUAUAUUAAGUUAGUCUUGGUGGUUCUGUGUGCCACGUUUGGUCCCGGUCUAUUCUCAGUGGUGGUCCCAGUGUCUCUGGAUGCAGGUGAACUAUAAAUCCCAGUACCUACAACUCCCAAAGGCCCGCCCAAAGCCUACCAGUCUUCCAAAUUGGCCAUUUCGGGUACGCUUGCCAGGGAUAUCUGCACCAGGCUUAUCUUACCUUUGAUACACAGGCACCCAGGCCGUUCAGGACACUUUUGUACCUCCCUGCUACUUGUAGAUACUCAUUCAGCUACAACCGACAAUGUUGCAAAGUUUUGUGCGUACAAAGUCCGCCAGGGGAUGACGGUCCCAAAAGUGACCCAUGUCUCCAGUCUCUUGGUUCUAUAACUGGCUGAUGGACCUCUGCGUUGUAUGUUUUGCCCUGUUUCCCCUUCCGCUCCUCACCCCCCCCGGUUAUUGUGCUUUAAUGUCUUUAUAUUUUAAAUGUACUAAACAUACCAAGUUUGUAUGUAACUGUGACCUUUAUCUCCUGUGCUGGUCUAUGACCGAAAUAAAUGAUUGGAUUUGAAAUUUCCGGGCUGUGGCGCAGGCGGGAGAUCAAGCCAGCUGCAAUUAACUGCAAUGAAUCACUCUGACCAGGAGGUCAUGAGUUCGAGGCCCGCUCGGAGCCUAUGUUUGUUUGUCUUUGUUCUAUGUUAAAAGGCAUUGAAUGUUUGCCUAGAUGUGUCAUGUGAUCCGCCCUGAGUCCCCUUCGGGGUGAGAAAGAAGGGCGGAAUAUACAUGCUGUCAAUGAAUAAAAUAAAUAAAUUUGGUGCAAA